AUGUAUACCCUUGCCCGCAAUAUAAACAUCACCGUGGCAACCGCGGAUAGCAUUCAGGCCUCCUGGGAGCCCUCGAACGACGCGGAGAGCGCCACCUACCACUACAUCGCCUACCUCUGGCGUGAAGGCGUUGACGGCGGCACCCGGGAAGACUGCGACCGGUCGACGACUGCAAGCCUGUCCUGCGUCUUCGGAGGUCUACAACCGAACACCAAACACUUCUUUGUCAUUGCCACCUGCACUCCGUCAGGCUAUUGUAACCACGAAGAAAAGGUUAUAUUCCCGUAUUCCGUUGAAGUCGGCCCUCAGGCUGAAACGAUGAGCAUUGAUAACAUUGAGAGUGAUGCAGUCAGCAUCAGCUGGAGGCCGGCUGUCCUGCCUGGUGACCGCGUGUUCAAGGUCAUUGUGGAUGACAUUCGACCCAUCCCCUGUCCGCGGCCAACUCCUGACGACAACGACAAGCAUUCGUGUUAUUUAUGUGGUCUUACUGGGGACUGGAAGUACAAACUACAAGUGUUCAAUUGUAGCUCAGCGGACGACUUCAGCCAGUGCCAGCCCUACACCUCCUCCCAGACGGUGAGAACCCUUCCUAGAAGUCCUCAACAAGUGUACGCAGUUGGCCGCUCGGCAGACCACAUGAUUGUUUCCUGGAAAGUCGCAGAUGAUAGCGCGUAUGGCUUGUACAAGCACACUGCCACCAUCCGCACGGGCAGCACUGUCCCUCAGCAGUGCAACGUACUGGCGAAAACCAGCAAAGAUUUAACCUGCGAAUUUCAUGGACUUCAGCCUGGUGCUAUUUACACGAUCUCCGUCACAAUAUUCGCGGGCUCCGGAGCAGUCAGUCGACCGUCAACUUUUAUUUAUCCUGCAAUGCGUCCUAUGGUCAAAGUGGCGGAAGUAACAACGGACACCAUAAAAUUAAUCUGGAACAUUACAGAAAGCCUAACAGAGAAGGAUAUAAUCGUCCACUUGAAUGAGGAAGCUGGACCAAUGUGUAUGUCCACUGAUGUUUCGAGCAGCCAACGAGUCUGUCUUAUUGACGGCCUGAGCGCCGGAACAGUAUAUGAAGUGCAACUCUUUUCAGUCGGUGUCUUUGGUUCUCCUGAAUUUGAUAUUCCCGUCACCAGAGCUCAGUAUAUAUUGACUCGGUAUAGUGAUUCCUACGAACAGCCUGCUUGCUCCUCGGCGCUCCCCAUCCGCAUGAUUGAUCCCUGGAUGACGAAAUCCGGCGUUGCACAUAAAAUGAGUCCACAUAGUCGGGCUGAUGUGAUAGUCGAUCUCAAUGGCGGAAAGUACCAGCACUGCGACCUGCUCCAAGUACCCCACAACCAAACCUGCUUCCUUGAAAACCAGAUCAGCACUGGCGAUUUGGAGAGUGUAUGGAUUUGCCUGCCUCCCGCUGGCUCAAGCUCCUUCACAAAGGUGGCUCGCAUUCAAGACCUAAUCAAAGGUAAGAUGAAGACUUCAAACAAGUUCUUCCUACACAGGUGA